AUGACGCCAAAGAAAGGGGAAGAGCUUCCAGCUGUGGUGACCUAUCGCAUGACUCGCGUGCCAUUCGGUGUCACGUCGAGCCCAUUUCUCUUGGCUGCAACGUUGCAACAUCAUCUUGAAGGCCUGCCGGAACGGUAUGCUGAAACUGCAGGUAUUCUGCGCAAGCAUCAUUACGUGGACAACCUUGUAACUGGGGUUGACAGCCUUGACAAGGGUAAAGUCUUGUGCCAGGAAUCCAACGAUAUAUUGUCUCAAGCAGGGAUGCGGCUACACAAGUGGAUGUCGAACGACCGCGAUCUCGUCAACUUCUUAGAGAAUGGCAAUGUGGAGAGAAGGAACGCUGAUGCUGAACAUGCUGCCGCUACAAAGGUAUUGGGAGUAGGUUGGAAUGCUCAGACUGACCCCUUUGAAUACAACCUAACUUCACUCAUCGACUUCCUCUCCGCAAGAGCUGACAACAAGAGAUUUGUGCUGCAGGUCUCGGCAAGAAUUUUCGACCCUUUUGGAUUUAUUUCUCCCACAACAUUAUGCGUAAAGGUAAUGUUCCAGAAGUUGUGGGAGUUGGGAAUUGGUUGGGAUGAUCCCUUGCCUGAGACAUUGCAGCCUGAGUGGGACUGCUGGUGUAGGGAGCUUCCAUGCAUCGAAGGAGUGUCUAUUCCAAGACUGAUAGCGGCAGACUUUGGAAACGAUGAUACGGAGAAAGUGGUGCAUCUUUUCUGUGACGCAAGCCCGAAGGCCUACGGUGCUGUCGCAUAUAUCGUGACGAAGUCUCCGUUCGGACUAACAAAUGUCAGCUUGGUCAUGGCUAAAUCAAGAGUGGCCCCUUUGAAACGCCUCUCGCUACCCCGAUUGGAGCUGAUGGGAGCCCUUAUUGGCGCGCGACUAUGCCACUACGUUGCCAAGGCCUUGGAUCUGAAGAAUGUUGCUACCAUCCUCUGGACUGACUCCACAGUAGCUAUGUACUGGAUAAAGGGAAACGCUGCCAGAUGGAAGCCCUUCGUGGCAAAUGAAGUCUCAGAGUUACAAGCGCUGACAGAUCCCAGUGAUUGGAGACACUGCCCAGGCUCAGACAACCCUGCUGACCUAAUCACCCGCGGCAUACUCCCAUCGGCCCUGCGGGAAAGCGAACUGUGGUGGAAAGGACCCCGCUGGCUACAAGAGGAUGACACGUGUUGGCCAACGAUAAGUGAGCCGAGCUCGAAGGUUGGGGAGUGCCAAAUGGAAGAGCGAAAGGGGACGGUGAUGCCCAUAGUAUCACCGUCAUCCAUGACAAUUUUUAAUGUUGAGAAUUAUAGUUCAUUCAGCAGAGUCGUGCGAGUGACCGCGUGGGUCCGCCGCUUUGUCGACAACUGCCACAACAAAAAAGGAAGGACGAUCGGCCCAUUACGAGCUGAAGAAGUAAUCAGCGCCGAAAGAUACUGGUUGGCUAAAGCUCAAGAAGAUGCGUUCAGCGACGGCAUUUCAAACCUGAAGAAUCAAAGACCGCUGCACAAGAGCUCUCCUGUUUUGCCUUUCAACCCGUACUUGGACAAAGAGGGCCUCAUGCGAGUUGGUGGACGCUUGCAAUUCAGUGAUAACAACGAAGAGACUAAGCAUCCCAUCGUUCUCCCUGUGCUCUUUCCCAACUUGCUGCCGAGCGAGUACCUGGUGACGAACGCCAUGGACCAGUUUGUCUUCAAGGCGACCGAGGACUUCGACUACUUGUGUACGGGCCUGGGCCCCAGGCGGGCCUUUGAGAUGUCGCGGCACGACAGCCGCAAUGCCGAACUGCUGCGGCUUGACCGGCCACUUCGCUUGCUGGACAGCGAGAAGAACGCUAUCCUGCUGAUUAAGGGGCCCUGCUGCACAAGACCCAUCUGUUGUGAGAACGUGGAGUUCGAUAUCGUAACCAUGGACGGCGUCACAAAGAUUGGCGGGAUAACGAAGCUCUGGGGCGGAUUGUACAACGAAGCCUGCAGCGUACGCGACAGCUUCGCGGUCACCUUCCUCUUCGACUUGGACGUCGAGAUGAAGGCCGUGCUGCUCGGGGCCCGUCUUUCUACUUGCAUCCGAGACGUGAUGUGA